UUCUACACUAUAACCUGGCCUUAGCCUGCAGCCACAACAACAACAAAUCACAUUAACAAAAGAAUCAACUAAAGAGUCCUAAAGAAAAAGAAAAGCGAACAGUUCUAAAAUUACUUAUUACAUUCGAAGCAGUUAUCACAUACACCCUUCACAAGGCUCUACUCACACUAGCGGUCUGAACCGCACAGUCCAAACCGCAGAAGCUUUGCCUCUUCAGUUAUGACAUACACCCUUCACAAGGCCCUGUUCACACUAGCGGUCUGAACCGCGCAGUCCAAACCGCAGCAGCUUUCCACAAGAGGCAGUUGCACCAGGCAGGAGCUGUGCUACUGAGCCUGGUUGGGAUCAUGUCAUGCCACUGUAGUACCAGCAUGUACGAGGAAGAGGCAGCGUGUCUUGUUUCCUGCAUCGCGACGGGCACGGAGCAGGAAGAUAGACAACACUGGAUUCGUCUUUUUCUACAUGGAAUGUUCUUAACGUUGUAUCUCAAGUAGAGAAACUAUAACAAAUUAUUCAGUUAAUUCAGGAUGUCGAUGAAAUCGUUCGGCGAUCCUCUGGAACAAAUUCGAUUUAUAGGGAUCACGAGUCAAGCUAUGGCCUUCAAACCGCCAAGUACUGUAUGUACACUUCUUUUCAAAAAGCAUGUAAAUCGAUCCGCGCAAUUUCCGCGCGGUUAGAAGGUUGAUCUCGACCGCUCGGGGAACGCGGCCGGAAGAAAAGCUCCGCGGUCGUGUGAAUGCCGCCAUUGACUUGUACCGCCGCGGUUUGAACUGCGCGGGUGAAACCGCCUAUAAUAGUUUGAACAGGGGCCUAAAAGAAACAAGUAGAGCCAGAAACCAAACUUGCCAUUCCCUCAUGAAUAAACCAUCUGGUACCAAUUAUCUAGUUAAGAAAAUGGAAGGAAGUUGUUUACAGGAGUAUUAUCCGUAUGGUCCCUGUAAUAAACAAACCAGAGGAGGACAGAGGGAGGGAGGGAAGGUGUGUGUGGUUCAUUACUUCAACCGAACCAGCCCUCCUGUCCCCGCCUGGCCAGAUGAGCUAAGGACACAGGUGAGGGCUGCUGUGUGCUGGGCUGUGUGGUUGUAACCAACUAAAAAGUGGCGGAAAAUAAUGAAGAAUCGACUAAUGAGCUGAAGUCACCAUGCCGCUGCGGAAGCUGUUCUGGGGCCGCAGCUCCAAGUCGUUUCCGGUGAAGAUUGUGACUCUUGAUGCUGAACUGGAGUUCAGCCUGCCCUGGCGAGCCACAGGCCGAGAGCUGUUUGAGCUGGUGAGCCGCACCAUUGGCCUGCGGGAGACCUGGUACUUUGGCUUGCAGUAUGAGGACUCCAAGAACAACUUUGCCUGGCUCAAGAUGGAGAAGAAGGUGCAGGACCAGGACAUCCCUAGGCGCUCCCCAGUGCCGUUUGUCUUCCUGGCAAAGUUUUAUCCCGAGGAUGUGAGUGAGGAGCUGGUGCAGGAGGUGACCCAGCACCUCUUCUUCCUGCAGGUUAAACAGUCCAUCCUCAGCAUGGACAUCUACUGCCCACCCGAGAUGUCCGUCCUCCUCGCCUCGUACGCUGUACAGGCCAAGUUUGGUGACUAUGACCCAGCCACCUACCAGAGCGGGGCGCUGGCCAUGGAGGAGUUGCUGCCCCAGCGGGUCAUCAACCAGUACCAGAUGACGCCAGAGAUGUGGGAGGAGCGCAUCCGGAUUUGGUACGCCGACCACCAAGGGAUGACACGGGAUGAGGCGGAGAUGGAGUAUCUUAAGAUAGCACAGGACCUUGGCAUGUAUGGUGUCAACUACUUCAACAUUACCAACAAGAAGCAGACGGAACUGUGGCUGGGAGUCACUGCUUUGGGCCUCAAUGUGUAUGAGAGUGAGAACAAACUGGAGCCAAAGAUCAGCUUCCCGUGGUCAGAAAUUCGCAACAUAAGCGUAGACGAUCGUAAGUUUACCAUUCGGCCGACAGACAAGACAGCUCCCAACUUUGUCUUCUUUUCCAAGAACUCGCGUAUGAACAAACUCAUCCUGGACUUGAGUAUUGGCAACCACGACUUGUUCAAGAGGAGACGGAAGCCUGACACGAUAGAAGUGCAGCAGAUGAAGGCAGCGGCAAGGGAGGAGAAGAGGCGGAGACAGAUUGAGAAGGACAAGCUGGCACGAGAGAAACACUUGCGGGAGGAGGUUGAGCGUCAGAAGGCAGAGCUGGAGCAACGUCUGUAUCAGUACCAGGAUGAGAUGCGGGCUGCCAACGAUGCACUCAGAAGGUCAGAAGAAACUGCCGAGCUCUUGGUGGAAAAGUCUCGCAUUGCUGAGGAGGAGAGCAUGCUGCUGACCCAGAAGGCCACUGAGGCAGAGCAGGAGUGUCAGCGUGCUCAUAUCAUUUCCGCCAAGACGCAGGAGGAGAAGAUAGCAAUGGAGCACAAGGUGAGGGAGGCAGAAUUGCUAGUCUCGACACUGGUGGAGGAAGGGGAGCGCCGGGCCACCGAGGCGGAGAGGCUGCAGCAGGAACUGAUCCGCGCACGCAUUGCUGAGAAGCAAGCAAAGGAGAAACUGGGCAGCUUCAUCCAAAGCAUCAAUGGUUCCAUCAGUCACUCUGUCGCCAACUCCACCGCACUCAAUGCCUCUCUCCUCAAUGCCUCGCACUCCCUUCUCAACUCCUCCACGCCGCAUCUCCCUGCCUCCACCUCAAUCUCUCAUGGUCUAUCAGGGAGCACCAGUCACCACCACAUGGCCAUCGGAUCAACAGGGGACCUUCCUGAUCUCACCCUUGGAGGAAGUACAGACGCCCUGGAGUCCUCGUAUGCUCGGCCUCCUGAUCUCAUGUCCCUGGACCUCCUCAAUGACACAGACGUCGAUCAGCUCAGCCUAGAGAUUGAGAAGGAGCGGGGAGAGUACCUGGAACGCUCCCGCCACCUCCAGCAGCAGCUACAGCACCUCAAGUCGGAGAUAGAGGUGCUCAAAGUGGAAGAAAACCAGACAGUCCUUGAUGCCGUCUACCACGAGCAGCUGCGUUCUGGGGAGACCAAGUACUCCACCCUGCGCCGCACUCGCUCCGGCACCACUAAGACUCGGGUCGCGUUCUUCGAGGAGCUGUAGUGUUCGGAGCUCCGUCCUCACUACCACUGUGCCUGUGUCCCUCUUUGAUAGAUACAGACAUUAGGUGUUUAGGUUAUCAGCAUUUUUUUCACUCAUCAGCAUUGUCUUGUGUCCCAGAGCUUAUAUUUUGCAUGCUCCUGGUAUAUGUCUCAUCGUUUUCAUUCAUCUGCCUGACAAAUUCAUGACCCAAUGAGUCGUGUGCAGCGUUUCAUCUUUCUUAAUUGAUAUGCUUUAAGUAUGCAUGCUGUCCUUUUAUGAUAAUUUAAAGUCAUUCAUUUCGUUGUAUUAGUCAUCAGUAGCUUCUUAGAUUAUUGAUUUUUCUGCACAAAACCUUAUAGUAUCAGCUUCUAUCUUAUUUCAGCUUUUAUAUGAUUCUUUUCAAUACUUCAUUCCUCCAGCACCUCAAUAUUGCCUUUCAUAUUUGAGAUCUGAUUUUCAUCUAUUCCUUAUUGCCCUUGUAACAGCUUGGUACCUCCUCUUGCACUACUGUUGCUUUCAAGGUCUGCAAGAUUGUCUGCCUCUUCUAAAUACCAUUUCUCACACUCAGUCCUUGUAACAGCUUGGUUUCUCCUCUUGUACUACUGUUGCAUUCAAAGUCUGCAAGAUUGUCUUUUGUUCUAUAUAUCUUCAUGGCAACUUUUGUCUUUCUCCCAUGCACUUUUUUGCUUCAUUACUCUCAUCUUCCUUUUUUUUUUGUGUGUGUGACAGUUAACCUUUGAUUCAUAGAUGGUAAUUUAACGUAUCUUUGUAAAAUAAGCUACAGUCUCCUAGUCUUGCGUGAUCUCAUAACCAGAAUUUGUCCUUCAGAUCAAUUUGGUUGUGAUGCUCCAGAUGGGGCAUGGUGAGGUAGAACAUGUUGGAUUAGGUUAGACUUCUCAUUGAUCCUUUUUCAAUACUUGACACUUGGAAUAUUUGUUAACAUGAUCCUACAACUGUUAGAGUAACCAGACACUCACUGAUAUCAGACUCGCUCCCCUUAUUAAUCCAUUGAAUCAAGGGUUAACUCUCUUUGUAUGUUGUAUGGCUUGAUGUAUGGCUGCUAUUCACACCAUGCAUUAGUCCCAGAUGCUGGAGGGGAGUGGUGCCAACACCCAUGGGGCCGAGUCAGUGUUCGGUGCAUCCUGCCUUGCUGCUUGCUUCUUCCAGCCCAGCCCGUGCUUCCUUCAGGCCCAUGCACCUGCCUCACUUAUCAGGUCCUGUGCCUAAGCCUCUUGCUUGAUUAUUUCACUGUAUAUUUCUGAAGCUAUUAGGUAUUCUACAGCACUAGAGUUUUUAGAUAAGGAACACACUCAAGGUAUUUUUAGCUGUUUCGAGUUGGGAAGUCACACUGUCCGAGAGGAAAGCAAUGUUUCAUGUCUAUCUUAAAAGAAAACACUUGUGUCAGAGCCCAAGCCAGGCUGGUGCAGUAUAAAGUAGGCAUCUUUUACUUAAACUUUAAAAUUUAAAACUACAUACUUACCACCACCCAUUGCGAAAUACUGUAAUACCUUCAAACAGUUACCAGCUUUGUGGUUGUGCCUGUGACUGUCACCAACAUAUCAUUUAUACAUGAAUCAUUUAUGCAUGAAAGAGUUCAGAUGAAUCAUUCAUACAUGAAAGAGUUCAGCUGCAUCAGACUGAGAAGAUCCACGUAGUUCACCUGAGACAAGUGAUUCUAAACAUUUGCAUUUCCAGUAGCUUUUCAUCAAACUGUUUAUUGGUCACUAAGUGAGAGCCACCAGUUUCAGUUUUGAUACUUAAAUAUCUAUGCAUCUUCUUAGCCUGAAUUGCAUUCCUGAUACACACACAUGUCCUUCACUUCUUACCACUGCUAGGUGCAUAGUAUUAUUAAUUGACAAAUGAGCUCAUUGCAUUAUAAACCAUGUAUGUGUGAAUGUAUAUACAUAUGUAUGUUAGCCACCCAGUGCCUUCUUAUUCUCUCAAGGGGAAUCAGUGUGGCCUGUGCUCUGACUCCUUCACUGUGGUAAUGACAGCUGCAGACACCUACCCCUCGUGCCUCCAGGGCCAGGUGGUGCCCUGCUCUAGUGUUUGGGUGGUCAUUGACGGUAAUUAUCACUGGACACAUCAUGACAUUUUCUGCAUUCAUUGAUAAGGAAUCAUAUUUCCACAACUUUAAAUGAGAUAUAGAGUAGCACAAAGGUUUGUUAAAUUUCUUGACUGCUGGGAACCUGAUACAAGAUGGGCCGAGUGCCAGUUUUAUUAAUGUUAGUUUGUCAUUGGCUGUGGUAAAUACCAUUUACAUCUCCUUGUUGCUUAAAGACACUACCAUAAUGAGUAGCUGCUCUUCUUCAGAGGAAAGCACAACAUGGUCAGAUUAUCACCGUGGAUCCUGAGUCACAAAUACAAUUUAAGAAUGAUUGUGUGCCAAAGACAUUGUUCUAAGGAUACUUAAUUUAUUGACAAUUUAAUAAGUUACUUUAAAAUGUUGCUGGUAUUCAUCAUACAUUCAAAGAGAUUUUGGGCACAAUUUAUCAGAAAUUAACCAGUGUGCUGGAGGUGACAAUCUAAGUGUUAAGAUAAAUUGAUAUUUCCAAGGCUUGGGGUGAAGCUGUGUUUGCACAUAUAAUGAAGGGAUGCUUGCCCUGCUUAGGUGUUAAUGUUAAUGUUUUUGAGAAACUGCAGCCAGUGUGAACACAUUAUAUACUGCUUGAUGGCUGAGAAGUUGUGAUGAAAUCAGUAUACAUAGUACAUGUAGCUUUGAAGAAAUGGUGUUGCAAAUCUGUAGGAGUGUUAAUGAAGCUUUCACAAGUUUUUCUUCUACACAUUGUAUAUUUUGUGUAUGUAUGACAAGCACGUGGAGAGUGGUGGUGAGGGAAAGUGGUGAAGCAGUAGCACUUCAUUUACUCUUGUUUCAGCUGUUGCUUUCCUCACUGUGGGACUUGGGAAUGUAGCCACUUAUAUAUCCCACUGUAAGACUUGAAGUCUCAGGUCAUCUGAAUAGCUUAUCCUGCUGAUUGGCUGUUGUUCCUCUACCUGUGGCCAUGAUUUAAUUACCAGGAGAGACAACAGCCAGUCAACAGGAUGAGCAGCACAUUGUGUGAGAGGGUCACAUAGAGGGGCUUCACAAGCUGCUGCUGUCUAAGGAAAGCAAGAGAUGAAGUGUUAUGGUAAGACUUCUGCUUCAUCCCAUGUUUCUCUCCCCACUGAAUUCCACUGUUCAUGUAUUGACAGACAAGUCUCAUUGAUGUAUCUUGGCUUAAGGUAUAUAGUAUAUAGCAUUUGCCCAAGUGGUUGUUAAGCCGACCCCUUCACAUUGGCAGCACCUCACAUUAGGAACAAUUACUGUGUUGCUGUAAAUAUAAACAUGUGUAUAUAGAUUUCCCAUUUAUUUUUUAAAGUAUCUGCCAAAUACUCGUACAUUGUUGGUGACUGUAGUUGAGAGAUCUGGCAGGAGGCAACAGUUUGUGUACUGUUGUUUGGUCUGUGCUCUUUCCCAUGUUGUUAUCCCUGCUGCUUAGUCAGAUGUGAAAGUGGUGUUGUCUGAGUCAGCUCAUUGUAGCCUUAAGUGACAUUGUGAUAGUCCUUGAAAGGUUAAUGUGACAGGAGCAGUGUCUCACCUGUGCCUUCUAAAAUGGACUUUCCUCAAGCUGCCAAAGAUCUACAUCAACUACGUGACCCCAGGCAAGCACUCUCGCUUCCCUGGGUUGUCAAGAUAGCCUAAGGAAGGAGGAAAUGUUCUUGUUUAAUAUUUUACAUAUAUAAAUAAAAAUGGAGUCAAA